UAAAACUACAACCACCGUAAUCUCAUCUCAUUGCAUUCCUUCUUCCUCACUCUCACUACUUCAUAGCAAUUUCAGUACAUUAAUCAAAUAUGUUGGCCGCUAAAAACCGUUUUUCCGGCACCGGCAAAGAGAAGUCUAGUGUUGCCAUGACUUGUAACCGAUUGAGUUCGUUACUGAAAGAGAAAGCCAGUCUAAGAGAUAUCCGAAUCAAUACAACUUUUGAUGUCAAAGGAAAAUCAGAAUCAUCUUCGCCUGUGACAGAGACGAACAAGACGACUGUUGAUUUGUUAAGCAAAAUAGAAAGUCCAGUCCAGAUGUUGGAGAAAACCGAAAAAUCUAUAAAUCAUCUUCCUCAAUACGUUACCGUAGAUUCGGUCUGUAAGCCAGACGAUUCGUCAAACAAAGUUGUUUCGGGUGAAGUGGUUGAACCGAAGACGGCACAAAUGACUAUUAUAUACAGAGGACAAGUAUUGGUGUUUGAUUCUAUAUCUGCUGAUAAAGCCAGAGAUAUGAUGUUAGCAGCUGCUGCUUCUUCUUCUUCUUUUGAUAAUCAGAUCCAGAAUCGGAUCCCAUUGGCCUCGACUUCAAAUUCUGCUUCUGAAGGUUUUGGAUCGCGAUACCGGAUGCUUCCGGGACUACAAAUAAACGGAUCGGAUUUGCCGAUAGCGAGACGUUCGUCGCUUCACAAGUUCUUAUCGAAGAGGAGGGACAGAGCUAACGAACGAGCUCCUUAUCGGUUGCCGAAUCGGUUAAUGGCAGCUCCGUCUUCGAAUCAUAAGUUUGAUCUGAAUUUGUAGUUAUAUAGAUCAACAGAAAUCUGUUUGUAAUUCUUGUGAUUUCAGAUCAAUUUUUCCUUUAAUAUUACAAUUUAAAAUUGGAAUUUUGUA